UACUUACCUACUUGCAAACAUUCGUCAAAUGGCUGGGCAAUCCGAAACUGGUAAUUUGCCCGAGAAACAAUGGUCGGUUGUAGAUUUCCUUGCAACUAAUACAGUUGCGUCGGUCCCUAAUUACUGGAUUAAAAAAAUUGAAGAUCAGUUUUAUUGCUAUUGGCCAGAGGGAGAUAAAGACGUAUCAAAAAAGGUAAAAAAGUAUUAUUCGCCCGAUAGUACAUGGCACUUCCUUGAAGUAAGAGUGCUCAAACAGUGUGAUACGUACGACGAAACCAGGAGAUAUGAACGACGUGUGGAAAAUGAGUCUAAUACAGAUAUAGAAAAUGAGAGACCGUUGGGACGGGGCCGCAGAAAGUUAAAGGUAAAAAGAGAUUCCAAUUUUGUGGAGGACAUUCCACCACUUCCUAAAAUUCAAUAUGUAUUUAACAUCACAAAAUGAAGUUACUACUGCCUCUGAAGCCAACGACAACGAAAAUGAAAUAGAAGGCGAAUAUUUGGUUACACAACCCGUUGGGUUAUUGGUUCAAGCUAGUGCAACAGGGAAUGGUAAUUUUUUUUAUAAAAUUUGUGAUAUUUUGUUCAAAGUAUGUACAUUUCUUUCUGCCGAAGGUGAAGGUCAUUCAGUGGUUAGUGCAUCAACAAUAACCGCAAGUUCAACAUCAUCAUUAAAUUCCCGUAAUGCCCGUAUUGUUGGUACUUU